CUUGACCUGACAGCGACAUCCAGUGACCGACACAUUUAAAACACAUUUAUAUCGCAAUAUAAACUAUGUUCAGUCUGCUUAAAAAUAUCAUGCGAUUGAAAUUACUUUACGAAGAGGCUGUUUAUGAGGAAAUAAACAUCUGCGGUUUUGUUUGACGUCCUCUCCGUACUUCACAUACAAAGAAACCGUUCCGCACUGCUCAGACUUGUCGCUGCGUCACGCUGGUCACGUGACCGAGGAUCGCCGUCCCGCCGCCGGUGUCCCUGAGCUCCGCAGCUAGCGCUAACGAACAACAUGGAUUUCAACGUGAAGAAACUGGCGUCGGGCGCUGGGCUGUUUUUCACGCGAGCCGUGCAGUUCACGGGGGAGAAGCUGGGCCAGGCGGAGAAAACCGAGCUGGACGCUCACUUCGAGAACCUCCUCAUCCGCGCAGACUGCACCAAAAACUGGACCGAGAAGAUCUACAGACAGUCCGAGGUCCUGCUGCAGCCGAACCCAAUCGACCACACUGGUGCUAGAAUUGAGGAGUUUCUCUAUGAGAAGUUGGACAGGAAGGCACCGUCCCGAAUUACCAAUGCAGAGCUGCUGGGUCAGUACAUGCAGGACGCAGGCAAGGAGUUUGACCUGGGAACACCAUACGGGAGCACCUUGAUGAAAGUUGGGGAAUGUGAGAAACGUUUAGGUGCAGCAGAGAGGGAGUUCCUCCAAACAUCAGCCAUUAGCUUUCACACCCCCCUCAGGAACUUUCUGGAAGGAGACUGGAGGACCAUCUCAAAAGAACGCCGCCUUCUAGAGAACCUUCGCUUGGACCUGGAUGCCUGUAAGGCGCGUCUGAAGAAGGCCAAGGCGGCCGAGGCCAAAGCAGCGUGCGAGGGUGAAAUGGCUCCAGAUUUUCAGGAAACCAGACCUCGCAAUUAUGUUCUUUCUGUCAGCGCCUCUGCGCUUUGGAGCGAGGAAGUGGAAAAAGCUGAACAUGAGCUCAGAGUGGCUCAAACGGAGUUUGAUCGGCAAGCGGAGAUUACGCGUCUGCUCCUGGAAGGCAUCAGUAGCACACACGUAAACCACCUGCGCUGCCUCCAUGAGUUUGUGGAGGCCCAAGCAGCGUACUACAAGCAGUGUCAUCUCCACAUGCAAGAGCUGCAGAACGAGCUGUCCAGUGAUGAGAACCUGGUUCCUAAUGCCUUUGCACUGAACUCCAGUCACUCCAUGGUUACUGCCGGCUCUCAGGCAGAAGGCGCCAGCAGCCCUGCAGAAACGGAUACACUGAAGAUUGAGGAAGUUCAGCCACCAGCCACAGGAACCCGCAAAGCCAAAGUCCUCUACGACUACGAUGCUGCUGAUUCCAGCGAGCUCUCACUUCUGGCUGAUGAGCUGAUUACAGUUUACACGGUGCCGGGUAUGGACUCUGACUGGCUCAUCGGAGAGAGGGGAAACCAGAAAGGAAAGGUUCCGGUCACAUACCUGGAGCUCCUCAGCUAGCUUCCACCGGCUGGCCUCUGUAUUCUUCUGAGGACAUUGAUUUCUGCAUCUUACAGUAACGUAGGCCUAUUUCUAACCCACAGCUGACUGAGAUGUUAAACGAAUCAUCUACACAACUAUAGAAACACAUGAUCACACCCCCCCCCCCCACACCCACCAAAGUAUGUGUGAGAGUGGGUACUGUUAAUGCCAUGAGGACAUUACCUUCACCUAUCAAUUUCACACCGGCACUGACACGUCUUUUAUGACUCAGUAACUACACACACACACACACACACACACACACACCAAUCAAAAGGUCUCAUGGUUACGGCCAGUACAGGAAAAUUCCACAUUCCUUUUAGUGACGUGGUUCAUUGUGGUUGUGUUUACUUUCUCCUACUUUCUUAUUACAAACCAAAGGUCCAGGUGGCUCCUUUCAUGGGUGGAUGCAGCUGAGCUGUGCUAAAUAAGAAUUCCUAUUCUUCAGAAGGCCGCAGUGCAAAUAAAAGGAACAUGCAAUAAAAAAGCCUCUGAUGUUUCAGGUUAAAGGCGUAUAACAGGGAAACAUAUUUCAUUUGGGUGUGAACUCACGUCAGCAUGAAAGAUGAUUUUACCAAACCAAGGCCUCUGAACCCAUCAAAUGCAUCAUCGUUCUCAUGGGGUUUAUUAUCAUGUUGCUCUUGAGUCUCUUGUACAGAAUUCUAUUUCAUGUCAGUAUUGUCAUCUACUCAAUAAAAAUAUGAAUAUGAUGCUUAAAGAACAGCAAAAAUUGGAAAAAACAGAUUUUCCCUAAUUGAACCCUUCGUUACUGUAAGUGAAGCCGGUGAUGUGUGAAUGGAGCCGUGUGGUGCCACACACAUCACACGCCCUCUCCUCUAACCAGUAAGCACUCCCGUCAGACUGCCUUAGAACCACGAGGGAGAACGGACGAGGCUCCAAGCGUUGACCACCGCGUACGGCAUGCAGCACCACACCUCCUCCUCCCGCGUCCUCGCUGUUUUUUCAUUUACUGUGUUCUUAUUUAUUGCACUUUGUGUGUUCAAACUUGAGUGUCUUCAGUCUUCUUGCUGCAUGUGCUGCUCUAAUGAAUGCGUGUGAGAGUGGAUCGCUAACCGUGGGAGACUGCACAGGAACUCCUGCUUUCUCUCUGCUGUGUGUGUUUUGCCAGCAUGCCCUCAGGAGCUUUGCAGAAACGAGCACACGCUUCUGCUGUGGUACUGCUCCUCUCAGAAGGUCUUACUACUGCUGUCGUGCCUCCUGUAUUAAUGUUACUUUGUCUAAAUGUGAAUUGCCUGUUCUUUAACUGUUGUGUAUGGGGUUUAAUAAAAUGAUUUAUUGGAAAUGUG